AUGGCCUCAUUAGACCAGCUCGUAAAGGGCGCUCCGCCGUCGGAGGCUCGCCCCCCGUCGCCAGAGCCAUUACCAUCCCUCUCCGGCACCUCGUCGCCGCCGCGACCCUCCACCCCAGAUCCGCUGGCGACAUUACCAUCAUCUCCGCCGCAGAUCUAUCUCAACCUAUUAAUCCUCGAAGCAUCCCUCCGGGCGCAAUAUCUAACUCUCCGCGAACGCCGCCGCCAAAAUACCUUCUUCCUGCUCAUCCUCGCGGCCUGGAUCACCUAUUUCGUAUACGCCCUCUUCCUCCGGCCUCGAGAAGAUGGCCGCGGUGUCGGCGGGUCGGUUUACUGGGUGGUCGAGAUGGGCGAGAAGGUCGCCCUGCUCGGUGGGGUGGUGACGGCGCUGCUUGUUUGGGGCACGGGGCAAUGGGAGCGUGGAAUCCGCUGGCCGCGGCGCUGGCUCGCCGUCGCCAACCGCGGCCUGCGCAACAUGAACACCAAGAUUAUCGUGAUCCGCGGGCCCUGGUGGCAGGAGCUGCUAUCUUACGUCUCAUUCCUGUUCCCUUUCUCCGUGCCCUUCUUCCCCUCGCCCCAGGGCAACUUCCACUUCAUUGAGCGGCCUCCUUCUGAGAGGCGCGCGAGCGGCCGACAGCAAUUCCAGCAGUACUACAGCGGCCGCGAUAGCGAGUCCGGCCUCGUUGAGGAGGAUCUGAGUUCCGGGGGCGAUUAUAUUCGGCUGCUGUUGCUGCCCAAGUCCUUCUCCCCGGAGUUCCGCGAGAACUGGGACGACUACCGCACGGAUUUCUGGGAGAAAGAGAACGAACGCCGCGCUCAGCUGCGCCAUAAGCUGCGCGAACGUGAGCGCCAGCUCGCCCAGACAGAGGGCGGCUGGCUCGCUCGUCUCGGCCUGGACUGGCGCGCUUCGCAGCGCCGCCGUCUCGUCGCAGCCACGUUGCACCGUUCGUUCGAACCUGACGCCAAACACCGGCCUCCUCAUCACCAUCCUCAACCUCCUCAUCACCAACACCAAUCAUCCACUUCCUCCAAGCUCAACCAGGAACACCGCACCUCUGCCGGGGCCCGCCGCACCACCCGGUCCGACUCCUCUCAUUCCCGCACCCCAUCUCGGAGUAGUACCCCCGCCGACUUAGGCCUGGAAGAGCGUCCACCCUCCCGGUCAUCUGCUAGCGGCCGUCCCCGUCGCGGGAGUACCACGCCCGCAUCAUCUGUCUCGGGCACCGAGCAGACACCCCAGCAGCGGAAGCGGAAGGGCUCCAAAACCCUCCGCCGUGGCCUGUCGCCGCUUACGCAGGCCCAGGUGCGAGAGGGCGUGCGAACAGGAUCAGUCUCGUCUGAUGAAUCCGUAAUGAUGGCUGCUAGCGAGAAGGAUAGGGAGGAGCCUAUACCUCCACCUGCUGGUGUUGCAGAUUUGAGCCCUGCCGUGUAG